CUCCCUGCUGCCACCCAGAGCACCUCUCGCCACCUUCCGGUGUCAUUGGGAAGCAAUUCUUAGGACGUUUGGCGAAGAUUCCAGCCUGGGAAAGGCCAGUUCCGUUUGAGACAGACUGCUGUGGUUUUGUUGCCACUGUUGCUAAGAACAGGAUUAGGAAUUUGAGGUCUUUAAUUUUCUGUUUCUGCAGAACCGUGCCCGGAAAAAAAGGCUGAAUAUUAUUAUUGUGGCUGAAGGAGCAAUUGACACCCAAAAUAAACCCAUUACCUCUGAGAAAAUCAAAGAGCUCGUCGUCACGCAGCUGGGCUACGACACACGCGUGACCAUCCUCGGGCACGUGCAGAGAGGAGGGACCCCUUCGGCAUUCGACAGGAUCUUGGCCAGCCGCAUGGGAGUGGAGGCGGUCAUCGCCCUGCUGGAGGCCACCCCCGACACUCCAGCUUGUGUCGUGUCUCUGAGCGGGAACCACGCUGUGCGCCUGCCGCUGAUGGAGUGCGUGCAGAUGACUCAGGACGUGCAGAAGGCGAUGGAUGAGAGGAGGUUUCAGGACGCGGUUCGACUCCGGGGGAAGAGCUUUGCGGGCAACCUGAACACCUACAAGCGACUUGCCAUCAAGCUGCCGGAUGAUCAGAUCCCAAAGACCAAUUGCAACGUGGCUGUCAUCAACGUGGGGGCACCCGCGGCUGGGAUGAAUGCUGCCGUGCGCUCAGCUGUGCGUGUGGGCAUCGCCGAUGGCCACAGGAUGCUUGCCAUCUACGAUGGUUUUGACGGCUUUGCCAAAGGCCAGAUCAAAGAAAUCGGCUGGACAGACGUCGGGGGCUGGACUGGCCAGGGAGGCUCCAUUCUCGGGACAAAACGCGUUCUCCCGGGAAAGUACCUGGAGGAGAUCGCCACGCAGAUUCGCGUGCACAGUAUCAACGCACUGCUGAUCAUCGGUGGAUUUGAGGCCUACCUGGGACUCCUGGAGCUGUCAGCCGCCCGGGAGAAGCACGAGGAAUUCUGUGUCCCCAUGGUCAUGGUUCCCGCCACUGUGUCCAACAAUGUGCCCGGUUCCGAUUUCAGCAUCGGGGCAGACACAGCUCUGAAUACUAUCACCGACGUAAGUCUGUGCACGCACCACGAGGCUGGCGCUGGCUGAUGCUAACCCCAGGGCCCCAGCCCUUUUUAUCUACCAGUGUGCUAGAAACGGCCUUUUACAAAUACCCUGAAUGCCGGGUGUGGUGGCUUUACACCUGUAAUCCC